AUGACGGCAGCGUAUGACGAUAUUUUUCACAAUGGUGUCUUCGGCCAACAUACGGCCACGAAACAUGUGCGCGGUUAUGCCUAUCCUGAAGAUCUUCCACGACAGCAGCCAGCCGUGCCUGCCGAUGUUCAGGAGGCUGAUGGACUUGGGCAGGCUGGGAGCAACGACUACUUCGGCUCGAGCAUAAAGUCUGUGUUCAUCCCACUGCUUGCGGCGACAUGUAUUCCAAAGCUCGCCGCACUUGUAGCAGAACUGGGCACCACAUAG